AUGGCCUCCGGCCUCGAUUCGCCCUGGCAACGCUCGCCUCUGCCCAAAGAAGAACAACCCAUCUUGGACCGCAUUCUCGUCAUCCGGGAUCAUCUUUCUCUGCUGAAACAAGAUCGCAGCACCUACGUUAGGUCGCAAGAUGUAGUGAAAUACUACAAGCAGCUCAUUGAACAAGUCGAAUUUCUCAACAAGGUCCGCGAAAGCAAACGCGACGAACAGAAUCGCGUCGAUACCGUUCUCGAUGACUGCUUCCGUCUCAUAUCGCUCUUCUUCCUCACUAUCGGUCGGAACAGAGAAGCGCCCGGCAUAUAUGCGGCAGUGAGCACGACGAAGCGCUUAUUGGAUCAUCUGAAAGAAGCCGGAUUCUAUCUUCCUGCGGAUUUGAAGAGCAUCAGUGAGCAUAUUCAGAAGUGGGAAGGUACGAUCGAUAGGCAGGAGGAGGAACAUUCAGAGCAUCUGAUCCCUCUGCUAAAGGCGAGGAUCGAGGUGUGCAAGACUACUCUCAGAGAACUGGAAGCGCACAUCGAGAGGCUGGAGGGUAAUUACAUGCGGAUGUACGAGAAGUUGGUUUCGAUAUUGCGAUCGCUUUCGGCUUGCAAUUGCCGGAGUAAGGUACGUAUGAUCAAGAGAACAUGUUGUGAUUGUUGUGCUGACUUUCGCAGUUCCCGGUCAAGGAGGUUAAGGACUUCGAGAAGCAGCUCAUUGAGAUCUCGAACGAACUACACGAGAACCGCGAUGCGCACGACGGAAAGAGUGCUGAAGCGGUAUAUGCUGAGCGUCUCCGAAUGGUCAACAUCUGCGAGACAUGUGUCCAGCCUCCCGAGGUUGUCGUCAAGUCGUUACUGGCGAGGUGCCUUCUUUGGGUGGAGAUCAUAGAAGAGAAUCAGGGCAAGAUCGAUCCUCGAUUCCAAGAGACUUUCGUCAAGCUUAAGAAGACAAGAGACGUACUCGACCAAAUGAACCUCACACAAGCCUGGUCACUGCGGGAAACUGAUCUCUACGACUACCAACGGCAAUUGGAUCGGGUGGAUGAAUCACGGGUCGAUGGCAAUUUUGUGGAUGCGGAAGGCAAGCCGGCGGACCUCCAUGCCCAGCGAACGCUUCUCUACCUCUUGCGCAAGAGCUACGCCUUCAUCUAUCAAUACAUCACAUCCUCCGAGCCGGUCUCCGAAGCGCUGAUGCCCAUCUACAAUCAGCUUCUCACGUUGAAGCGAUGCUUAGUCGAAGUCAAGAAGUCGGGAGGCGUCGACAGCCCGCGGGAAUUGUAUCCUUAUAGUAUGAAACUCAACUCGAUUGACAACAUGAGAAAAGACGGCAAAUUCAUGGUUGGUAACGACAUCCCUGAAGGACAAUCUUCUGUGUCGGCGUUGCUAGCAGAGUGCUUCGAGCUUGCGUAUGACCUCCGGAAUGAUGCGCAAGAGAGGGCCGAAGAGGAGACCAAGGUACCUGAACAGCUCAACGGUGUCGGAAGUAAAGACUAG